CCACGGUAACAAUAUCUAUAUAAAUCCACGGGUCCAGAGUUUCUCGGUCAUUGACUGAGUGGACACCUGGAAUUGAUACCCCCUCCUCACCAAGGAAAAAGUGAACGCCUCAUCAUGGUUGGAUAUUUGAUCCUCGCUUGCUGUUUAGUCGGAUUGAGUCAGGCGGUGACUUUUGUCAUUGAACCAUUCAACACCUCAGCUGCCAUUGGAAGCACUGGGACACUUGCAUGUAUUGCUACUAAUCUUGGGUCAGACAACGUGUCAUGGAAAAAGAAACAGUCUUCGGGAAGUGGCUACGACUCUUUGACGUUCGGCACCAACAUUUUGUCAUCUACCCAGAACAAAUAUGCUGUAUCCGGCACGGCUAACCUGACUAUCAACAAUGUGGCCUCGUCUGAUGAGGGACUAUACCAAUGCAGCAUCGGGUCCACCACCCGGGAAAUUUCCUUCACCCCAGUCGUUCUUCCAAACAACGUUUCUGUGUACUGGGAGAACCCACCAUAUGCCGGUAGAGUGGUGAACAUCACCUGUAAAGCCACCUACGCUAACCCCCCACCCUACCUGAAGUGGUUCAAGGGCGUAAAUCAGAUGGAACUCACACAGAACGCUUACUACUACACAACUAACGUCAGAUCCAGUGGUUACGGAGACGCAAUGAGCACGAUGGCUAUGGCUCUAACAGGCUUGGACCAGCACCAAGAAAUCAGAUGCGAGGCCGCUUAUGACGGCUACGAGAGAGCCAUGGAAUACACCCUCAACAUCCAGCUUAAUGGAGGUCCCGCUCUGAAGGCCCAGGGACUGCUAGCCGCUCUGUUCGUGGCUUGUAGUUUGGCACUGAAGAGUUUCCAGUGAUCUAGAAAAAUCUAGAGACGACAUGGACAUCUACGAUACUCCUCUCUUGAAGCCGUUGUUCGAUCCCUUGGACACCCCCAUUUCGCGUUUCGUCUCUUCUCUCUGGAGUUUCCGAUGUGGACAUCAAAUUACUGGACUGAACAUAAAUACAUGUACACAAACAUAGAGAAUUCUGUUAUUAUGUCGGCCUAUCAUUGUUUUGCCAAUGGGGCAUGAUCACGAUUUGAGCGGAAAUUUUGAGCGUCAAAUUUUAUUUUUCAUGUGCUGUAGUCUAGAUUGUCUAACUAGAAUGUUAUAUGUUAAGCUGAAAGCGAGGUAUACGGAGCCUACACUUUUUUCUUGUGUAAAAAAAAGUUCGUUCCGUGUUUUUGUUUCCACCCGUGCUGCUAACAUCGUGAUCAUGCCCCUCACUGUAUAAACAGACUGAGCAUGUAAGAUUCAGUAAGAAGUAACCCAUCUGGGAGCAAUGUAGAAAAACACGUGACAGUUUUAUGUGAAAUACAGCGACACGGAUUGUCCACAAAAGAAGAAACUAAGUCACAGAGAGAAAAGAAAUAAUGUCUUUAUCAUCGAACAUGUAUUUUUUCGAGUUUUCGCAAGAGAAUUAAAUGACUAGAUGUUCAUCAAUGACUGCUUUGUUUGUGACAUUCAAUGCAACGUGGGAUUUCAGUGAGAUUAUCGCGUCAAUAUCUUAUAGUAUUUCUAUGUAUUGUACUUUGUAAAUAUCUUACAUUUAAUUAAGGUGUCUAAAUAAUUACUUUCAUACAGUUGUAUUUUUUGUUUAUAAACUGCAGGGAUACGUAACAACCUCGGUAAAAAGCGUGUCUGUGAUAAACUUGUAAGUGUCUCUGCAAUUAAGAUAUUUGUAUGAAUGUAUAAUAUUUGAUUCAAAAAUAAAAAAGUCUAUUAAAGCA